UAGACACAAUAAAGAUGACUUGGAAUAAGUUAAUAUGUAACAUUCGGGAGCUACAGUUAGUGGGCACUUUGUCUGGAGGUCAAAGUUUUAGAUGGAAACAAAAUAAAGACAACAACGAAUGGAUCGGCGUGUUCUCAAAAACAGUUUGGAAAUUACGAGAUAAUAAUGAUCACCUACAAUACCAAGUCAUUGGCUCUUUACACAAAAAAGAACAGAUUAAAAAUAAAAAAAGCAAAAAGGUUGGUGUAGACUUUGACAAACUCCUUGAAGACUAUUUUAGGCUGGAUACGAAUUUAGGGGAAUAUUAUAAGCAGUGGUCGGAAAAGGAUACACUGUUUGAGAAAGCCUGCCAACAGUUCUAUGGUAUCAGAAUGCUGCGACAAGAACCAGUGGAGAAUUUAUUCUCAUUUAUUUGUAGUCAAAAUAAUCACAUAUCAAGAAUAUCCACAAUGGUAGAAAAGUUGUGCACUCAUUAUGGAGACAAAAUAUGUGAAUAUGAAGGUGACACAUACUAUGCAUUCCCUGAAGUUGAGAAACUGGCUUUGCCAGAGGUGGAAUCAGAACUACGGAACUUAGGUUUUGGGUACAGAGCCAAAUUCAUCCAGAAGUCAGCUGCCCAGAUUGUGGAGUGGGGUGGUUUGAAGUGGUUCAACAGCUUGCAAGGCAUGAAGUAUAAGGAUGCUAAGAUGGAGUUGAUGAAACUACACGGUAUUGGACCUAAGGUAGCAGACUGCAUAUGCUUGAUGUCAUUGAACCACUUGGAAGCCCUGCCCGUCGACACACAUGUAUAUCAGAUCGCCGCACAGAACUAUCUCCCACAUUUAAAAGGAAAGAAAAGUGUCACUGAGAAGAUGUAUACAGAAAUUGGAGACCACUUCAGAAGUUUAUACGGAGACAUGGCUGGAUGGGCACAUACUGUACGUUUCCUUAUUAUUCUGCUUACAGUUAUAAUCUCAUCAAAAUCCUUAUAGCCGUUUUGCAGAUCAAAUACAUACAUAUUUUGUUGCACAUGGAGGUUCAAAACGCCCGGUUCUCAUGCAUUAGAAUGCGGGUUUGAAACCCACCAAUAGCAA